ACCGACGGGAAGGAGCUCUUCAUCUUCCUGUAUAAGAUCUGCCCGCCGCGGAGCCAUCGAUCGAUCGUGUCGGAAUGGCGUUGGAGUGGGUGGUGCUGGCCUACGUGGCGGGGGCGGAGGCGAUCAUGCUGCUCUUCCUCACCCUUCCGGGGCUCGAUCGACUCCGGCGGGGUCUCGUCGCCGUUGUCCGGAGCGCCCUGAAGCCGCUCCUCUCGGUGGUGCCCUUCUGCCUCUUCCUCAUCGCUGACAUUUACUGGAAGUACGAGAUGCGGCCGUUCUGCGAGCAGGAAGGCUGCACCCCCUCUGAGCACCUUCGCCACCAGAAGUCCAUCAUCAAGAGCCAACGCAACGCUCUCCUUAUCGCUUCCGCUCUCCUCCUCUACUGGCUCCUCUUCUCCGUCUCCGGCCUCGUCCUCCGCAUCGAAAAGCUCAAACGCUCCGAAUGAACCCAAAUCAUUAUAUCCGAAUGGCGAACAGUAUAUUAAUCUUUCGCCUUUGAUUUGUGUGCUCUAUUUAUGAUCCAUGCAUCUUACCUUCUGAAGUUCUUAUGAAGCGUACUAUGAAAUAUAUGAAAAUAAUUGGAUGGUUAAUAUUUUCUGA